ACUAAGGGACAUUGGGUAAAGUACAGUGGUGACGGCGGGAGUUUGCAUCUUGGUUUCACCAUGGCGGAUGACUCCGAGGAGGAGGUCCUACUGCACUGGCUUAUUUCUCGGCGAUGGGGACAGCGGUCCAUUCCUUUGGAUGAUGAACCGAGUAGAAGAAGGAGAUUAUGGGUCCAUCCCAUUGUUUCCCAACGGUACAGGAAAGGACACUUCCAUACCUUCUACGCAGAUCUUCGCCAGCAUCCAGAGAAGUUCUUUGCGUUCUGUCGGAUGUCAGUGUCUACCUUUGAUUGCUUGCUGUCGUCUCUACGUACUGCCCUUACCUUCAUGGACACCAAUAUGAGGCGCAGCAUUACUCCUGAGGAAAGGCUCAUUGUCACGUUGAGAUUCCUGGCAACUGGGAACUCAUUUGCAUCUCUGCAUUUUGAGUUUCUUUUGGGAACCUCGACGAUUUCUCGGAUUGUGCAUCACACUUGUCAUGUCAUCUGGCAGCAACUUCGAGACACAGUGAUGCCACAGCCCAAGGCGGACGAUUGGUUUCGAAUUGCUGAGGGCUUCAAUUUUGCGGCGCAGUUUCCAAACUGCAUAGGGGCAAUGGAUGGCAAGCACAUUCGUGUGAAGAAGCCUCCUCACUCAGGGUCCCGAUUCUUCAAGCAAUACUUUUCAGUAGUGGUCAUGGCUGUUGCUGACAGUAAUUACCGGUUUAUAAUGGUUGAUAUCGGGACCUAUGGAAGCACUGCAGAUGCUCGCGUCUUUAGUGCUUCUAGAAUGGGUGAGCGGCUUCGUGCCAACCUGCUUGCCCUGCCCGAGUCCAGAAGAUUAGCCGGAUAUUCUGGUCCCCCGGCUCCAUUUGUGAUCGUGGCGGAUGAAGGGUUUGCAUUGACUCACCAUGUUAUGCGACCCUUCCCAAAGCGUGGUUUGGAUCUCAGGGGGCGUAUUUUCAACUACCGGUUGACUCGUGCCCGUCGGUAUGUUGAGUGCGCAUUCGGAAUACUCUCUAGCAAGUGGAGGGUGUUUUUGUCAUCCAUACAAAUGGAUCCGGAAAAUGCUACCUUGGUGAUACAAGCUUGUGUUGUUCUACACAACUUCACCAGGAUUCACGAGGCUUCCUCUUCUGUUGACAUGGAAGAAUUUCCUACAUCAUCAGUUUUGGGUUUGGAUAGGACCUUGCAAAGACGACCUGGGACUGCAGGCAUUGCAGUUCGGGAACUCUAUGCAGACUACUUUUUCAGCCCAGAGGGUUCCUUGCCAUGGCAGAUGGACGCUAUUCGUGGCAGUGUUUGAUUUCUUCUGUUCUCGUUAAUUUUUU